CAACACCAAUGGAAAAGUAAUUAACGAAAGACAAGCACAUCUAUUCUUUUUAAAAACACACCCAUAUCACCACCACACAACUCUCAGUCAAAAUGAAGGGCGCUACCGAGCAGACCAAGAUCCACUACAAGGGCGACGAGACUCAGGAGGACUUUGUCAUCUUCGUGGACGACGUCGACGAGUACGAGACCUACAUCAAGGGCCUGAAGGACAAGAGUAUCUCCAAGCCCGCCCUUUCACACUUCAUCUCCUCAUUCAAGAUCUUCAUCACCCACAAGCAAGGAGCACAAGGCAAGCUUGACGCGGCUUCCAAACAGGAGCUUGAGAACGAGUUCGGAUCGUCCGUCGAUGAGGAAGUGAUUGAGAAGAUCUUGGCCAAGGGCGAAAAGGUUCAUUCCAAGAUGCCCGAGCGCCAGGGUCCCAAGAACGACUCCAAUGGCCCCCUCGUCGCCCACUAAUGUGGCCGAGGCUGAUCGAUACCCAUUCGACUUCAUGGUCUAGGCAUUCUGGGAAGGACUUUGGAAGGGUUGACAUGCACACCUGGCGUUCAGUGUCACGAGUUUACGAAAGUAUAAUGGAUGGAAAGCGGAGGUGCUCUAGUGAGGUCUCUCUGUCAUCGGGCAUUAUGUGAUGUCUUGAGAGACAGCGAGUCUCUUCAUGCCCCCGCAUGGUCCGUGUGAGCCGAUAUGGCUGCGGAAAUGCACCUGACGACGUACGCCGUCGCGGAUAGGUAGCAAAAAAAAUUACACCAGUCUAUCCCACC